ACGUCAUCAAUAUUACCGGAAAAUCGCCGAUAUUUAUGGAUACAAAUAGUUUUAAUUAUUUACUACUUUAUUACUCUUUGUUUACUUUUGGCACUGUUACAGUUACUGGUAAAUACACAAGUUUUUUCAGCAGUGGUUCCUCAAAGCCCUCAGAAGCAGGUGGUUGUGCCAACCUCUCCAAAACGGGUUGUGCUCAUCCCUCGGCCACGGGUUAGGCCUACCAUUACAGUAGCUGCAGUGUAUAAAGGACCAUGUAGAGAUCAUCCACACAGACAUAAUCUUUGCAAAGCUGUGCUCAGAAAAGGGCUGUGUAGCAAAUUAAGUCUUAAGGAGAAACGAAUAUGUCCAGCGACGUGUGGCCUCUGUAAAGUUGUCAUCCGUCCUGCCACUACGACUACGACAACAACUACAACAACAACAACGACAACCCCCCACCACCACCACCACCACCACCACCACCACCACCACCACCACCGCCUACUACAACAGCAGCACCAACAAUUAUAGUAUGGAAAGGACCAUGCAGAGAUAAACCUCACAAACGGAGGCUCUGUAACAGGGUGCGCCAAAAAGGGCUAUGCAAAAAAUUAAAUUUGAUGCAUCGAAAACUGUGUGCACGGAGCUGUCAUGUGUGUAGACCUACAGUUGCUGUUGUCACUGCACCUCCUGUAACUAAGCCAAUCCGAGUUAUUAUAUUGAAAGGCCCUCCGACAACUACGCAUGCAACGACUACAUCAAUAGCAGUGUCGUCAUUGGCUCUCCUGGGAGAACCGUGCUACCCACCUACAGAAUGUGCUGAUCUCAAUGCUGAGUGCUCUGAAAUAUGUGUAUGUCGGUCAGACCACUAUCAAGACGGACUGAAGUGUCAACGAAAAAUAGAUUUGGGAGAUCCAUGUUCGACGUCGGCUGCUUGCUUUGACACUAAAGCGGUAUGCAUUGAAAAAUGUGUUUGUAUCGGACACUACUACCAAGACGGCAACGAAUGCAGACCAAAACUAUCUUUGGGAGAGGCUUGUAACAAGCCCAUUGAAUGCAAGGACAAUGCAGACUGCUCUGAAAUUUGUGUGUGUCAGCUAGAUUACUAUCAAGAUGGUGAUAUAUGCAAACGAAGAAUAGCUUUGGGACAUAAAUGCAGACCACCUGCCGAGUGUUUGGACCCUAAUGCAGAUUGUAAUAAAAAGUGUGUGUGUAAGUUCGACUUUUACGAAGAUGGAAACGUGUGUGAAAAAAAAAUACUUUUGGGAGAUCCGUGUUCCUUACAUGAAUCAUGCAAAGGCUUCAACGUUACCUGCAAUGAAAGGUGUCAGUGUCAGAAAGAAUUCUACCAAGAUGGCAACUUAUGUAGACGAAAAGUAGGUGUCGGAGAGCUCUGUUAUACGCCUGCUAUGUGCGAGCCUAAUGCAAUAUGUACAGGGCAGUGCUCAUGUAAACCAGACUACUAUGAAUUGGACACCAAAUGCAUAAAAAAUAUACCUUUAGGGGAUCCGUGUAACCCUCCUGCUCAGUGCCUUGAUCCUAAUGCCAAUUGCUCGGAAAUAUGCGCGUGUAAGGUGUACUUCUAUCAAGACGACGAUGUAUGCAGACGAACUGUAAGUUUGGGAAGUCCAUGUACCUCAAACAUUGCCUGCGCCAGCCGUAAUGCCUUUUGCAAUGGAACCUGCGUGUGCCAAGUGGACUUCUAUCAGCGUGGUGAUGAAUGUAAACCAAAAAAACCAUUGGGUCAUAAGUGUGUUUCAAGUGUCACCUGCAGGGGAGAACAUGUGGAAUGCUUGGGGAAAUGUGUGUGUCAGGCGUUCUACUAUCAAGAUGGCAGCAAAUGUUUAGAAAAAAUAGGUAUGGGAUCGUCUUGUACCUCAAAGGAAAUGUGCUUUGGUGCUAAUUCGGAUUGCAUUGAUGGAGUAUGUGUGUGUAACUCAAGGACCUAUAAAGAUGGCAGUGUAUGCAAAGACAGAGUACCUGUGGGAUAUCCAUGUCCAGCCCCUGCUCUGUGUCUUGACCCUCAUGCAGUCUGCUCAGAUGGGAUAUGUGUUUGUCAGGAGGACCACUACCAAGAUGGCAGAGUAUGCAAGCAAAAGAUAGCACUGGGAGAUGCCUGCUUCCCACAUGCAGUGUGCCUCGAACCACAUGCAGAGUGCGGGGAACUUUGUCUCUGUAUGGAUAUCUACUAUCAAGAUGGCGAUGAUUGCAUACCAAAAAUACCGUUGGGAAAGGAAUGUAUCUAUUCUUAUACCUGUAUGGGCCCUCAUUCAAAUUGCUCUGAUGGGAUAUGUGUGUGUGUGCCAGAGUACUAUCAAGAUGCCGAUGCAUGUAUACGAAAAAUAGAUUUGGGAAAACCAUGCACUCCACCUGCUCAGUGCAGGGACCCCAAUGCAACAUGUGCUGGAACAUGUGAGUGUGAUGAUGAGGGAUUCUAUCAAGAUGGCAAUGUGUGCGAACUGAAAGUAUCUCUGGGGGAGAUUUGCACCUCACCAGUCAUGUGCCUAGAUCCUAAUGCCGACUGCACUGGAACCUGCACCUGUCAGCUACAGUUCUAUCAAGAUGGUGACGAGUGCAAAAUUAAAAUAUCUUUGGGAUAUCCAUGUAUUCCACCUGCUGUGUGCAUUGAUCCGAAUGCUAAGUGCGCUGACUAUUGCGUGUGUCGUUCAAACUACUAUCGGGAUGACAAAGUUUGUGUGCGAAAAGUAGCUUUGGGAGAUCCUUGUUCCCCACCUGGCGUGUGUCUUGACACAAAUGCAAAUUGCAGUGACAUAUGCCAGUGUUUACCAGACUAUUAUCAAGACGGUGAUGAAUGCGAACGAAAAAUAGCUUUGGGAGAUCCGUGCUCCCCACCUGGUGAAUGUGCUGAUAUGAAUGCAGACUGCGAUGGUGGAACGUGUCAUUGUAUCCCACGUUAUUACCAAGACGGCAGUAUAUGCAAACGGAAUCCUAUAUCGACGCGAAAACCACAUGGCACAUGGACAGGACCAUGCACAGAUGUACCCCGCUUUUGGCAUUAUUGUGCUCAUGUUCUCAAAACAAAGAAGUGUCGUAAAAUACCACGACACGAGCGUCGACUGUGUGCCUGGAGUUGUGGCCUCUGUACAGGCCCAUCACCCACAACAACUACAACUACCAGGAGACCAGCACCAAUUAUUAUAUGGCAAGGACCAUGUACUGAUUCCGCCCGCUAUUGGUAUUUUUGUGCUAAAAUACGUAAAUUAAACAAGUGUCAUAGAUUACAAGUUCAUGAGCGUCGACUGUGUGCAUGGAGUUGUGGUCUCUGUUCAGGCAUUUCACCCACUACAACCCCAAGUACUACAACAACACCAAUAACUAUUACUAUAACAACUGCAACACCAAUCCCAAGAAGGAUAUGGCGAGGACCAUGUACAGAUGUCCCACGCUAUUGGCAUUAUUGUGCGCAUUUGCGCAAAACGAAGCAGUGUAGGAAAGUAAACAUUAACCAGCGUCGACUAUGUCGUUGGAGUUGUGGCCUUUGCACAGGUCCUUCACCCACAACCACCAUGGCACCACCAACAACUACAGCAUGGCAAGGACCAUGUACAGAUGUUGUCCGCUAUGGGGAUUACUGUGCUAACGUGCGCAAAAAAAACCGAUGUCAUAGAAUUCUAGAAAGCAGGCGUCGAUGGUGUGCAUGGAGUUGUGGUCUCUGUAAAGGUCCCUCACCCAUUACAAUACCAACUACUACAACAUUAGCACCAGAUACACCAUGGACAGGACGAUGUUACGAGGCCUCUGAACACUGGAAAUUUUGUACUUACCAUUACAAUGUAAACAGAAAAUACAAGUGUUUGAACCAGCAGUACCACGUACGCCAACUCUGUCCAGUGAGUUGUGGCCUGUGUCCAGGUAUGACACGCCGUCCAUUACCACCAGCUACUACAACACUUGACCCAUGGACAGAAUGGACAAGACCAUGUCAUGAUGUUCCAAACCACCGGAUUUUGUGUGCUCAGCAAUACAAAGAAAACAGAAGAUUCCGGUGUGCGAACCAACCGUACAGUAUACGCCAAAUGUGUCUAUUUAGUUGUGGCCUGUGUUCAGAACGUUCCUACAUUACUUCCACGACUCGACCAAUUAUGGUAGUGCGAGGACCAUGUGCAGAUAACCCUAGAAGAUCCACAUUUUGUGCAUCUGUGCGUAAAAAAGGUCUGUGUCACAAAUUACGUUAUGUGACGCGAAAAGACUGCCCGUGGACCUGUGGUCACUGUUCAGACGUUGUAUCUGAAAAAAGACCUCCUGCAAUGCUGCUACCAGUAGUUUCAUCGGAUGACGACGAUGAUGAUGAUGAUGACGAUGAUGAAAUUGAAGAUGACGACGACCUACUUGAUGAAGAGGAGUAGACAUUGAAAUCUCAGCUCCUUUAUCUUUAUGUGACAGAGGUUUUAGGAACUUUGACUCUGACAAACAUGAAUGACUAGAGCGAGCCGCGAUCAUGUCCGGAGUCACACGAACCAUUGAAAGUGACAGAGAUGACACCUCUCUGCCCAAUGCUGGACUCGGGGCAGCUUCUGCUGGACUAGCGAAGAGAUUACACCGCGACGUGCCGACAUUUUCAUUCAAUCCGGAGUCCAAGAUUUGUUUGUGAUAUUCUCGAAGCUUUCUCUUCUGGGCCUCUUCGCGAUAGUGCCGGGCUCGGUUUCUCAGAAUCUGUUCCGUCACAGUCUGCACAAGCAUCCUGAAUCGAAUACAAACAGUUUAUGAAUCUGUAGCUAACUGUACAUAUUUAUAUAUUAUUAUUUGUACCAAGUUCAUUGUCAAAUGAUGUGUGAUGUGUGCGUAUAUAAUUAUAUCGACAUGACAGGCAGGAGGGGAAGAAAAACUAAGAAAAUUUAAGGAAGUUUAUUUUUAUUUUUAUGACUAGUUUGUUUAGAUAUAGUGUAUACGUAUAUAUGUCCUGUAUUUGUCAUUGUAAAUAUUCAUGUAAAUUGUAUACACAUCGAUGAAAAAUCAAGAAUAAUUGUCAAUGUAAAUAUUCACGUAAAUUAUAUACACAUGGAUGAACAAUCAAGAAUAAAUAUUAUAUUUAUA